AUGAACUCGGCCCUGAGAAUCCUGGAAGAUUGGUGCUCGGAGGCGGAUCUGUCGGUGAAUCCUACAAAAACAAAACUGCUAGUGGUCACGCGUAAGAAGAAGCUAAAUGUUCGGGGUAUCACUCUUAAUGAAGUGCAACUAGAAAAAUCGGAGUCGGUCAGCUACCUAGGUGUUACCUUUACGAGUUGGCUGUCCUGGAAGGUACAGAUAGAGAAAACGAUGGACAGGGCGCGUAGGAAUUUCGCGACCAUCAGUAGGAUGGUAGGCAGUACAUGGGGCCUCACUCCGGCUGCGACCCACUGGAUCUACAAUUCGAUCAUUCUGCCGAGACUGACGUUUGGAUCGCUAAUCUGGUGGGAAGGUAUUCAAAAUUAUAGAACUCAAGCUCGGCUCGAGAGUUUACAACAUGCAGGCUUAAAAAGAAUACUCGGAGCGUUCAGAAGUUCGCCGACCAAAGCGAUGGAAGCGAUGCUAGCGACUCCGACGCUGUCCUUCAAAAUAGAAGAAGUGGCCAUUAGGACGGCGAAACUCCUUAAAGACUGGGACAAAUUGCAACCAACGAGUAGAGGACACUCAUCAGUGUUAGACAAGUUGAUACCUGAAACGGAGAAAGACUUAGUAUUGACCUUGGAAGCUCCGACUGAUAAAACGGUAUUAACUUUCCGCUUUGGACACAGGUAUCGCACGACUAUCCCUGAUAGAGAGGAAUGGAAAGGUGGAGAGCUAGAAAGAUUUAGAGGAUGGAACGUCUGGUUUACGGACGGAAGCAAGAAUGAAAGAGGUGACACAGGCAGUGCGUGGGUGUCAGGACGGUUGAUUAACGGUAAAUCGGAAUACCUUGGAAAGUUUGCCACUGUCUACCAAGCUGAGAUGGUAGCUAUCCUUAGAUGUGUUGAAGACCUGAUCAAUAAAAACGUUAGGAACGAUAGUAUAGUCAUUUUUACAGACAGUGAAUCAACGGUCAAGACCAUGGAAGGGUCGAGCUUUAAAUCGGCGGUUGCGGUGGAAUGUUCCGAUCGUUUAAAUGAAUUGGCCCUGAGAAAUAAGAAGGUAAUAUUAUGCUGGUGUCCGGGUCAUCGGGGUGUCUUGGGCAACGAGGAAGCAGACAGGCUGGCGAAAGCGGUAGUUGAAGAAGGAAGACCAGGGGUGGAGCCUUGGCUACCCGUUUCGUAUGCGAGUUUCAAAUCAGAAUUGAAAAGAUUUUCGCUCUCCCGAUUAAAGGAACGAUGGUCAGGAACGACAACAUGUAGACAAGGAAGGGAAAUGAUAGGUGAUAUAGAUGUGGGAAGAGCCAAGACGAUAUUGAAGAUGAACAGAGCAGAUGCAAGGAUACUGACAUACGUCUUAACGGGACAUGCUCCACUGAACUAUCAUCUGUUCAGAAUGGGAGUACGGGAGAGUGGAAGCUGUCCUUGUGGUACCGGUGAAAUGCAGACGGUGAAACACUUACUGAUUGAAUGCGAUAAAUGUGCAAGCAAAAGGCGUGAAGUGUUUGAACGAACAGAUCUUAAUGCUCAGGAAGUCAGCCUGUUGCCCUAUGAGAAGUUAGUUAGAUUUUUCAAGGAAAUAGACCAAUGGGACAAAACAGCUGGUGUGUCGUCUUAG